GUACGGAAAAGGUUCCCCACCGCUGCUCUACGGGUAUAUGCAGCAUGUGUAUGCGUGUGUGUGUGUGCGUGGGCAGAGGCAUGUUGUACCGCUGCUUUCACCACGCAACUGGAGCCGACCACCAUUAACCGAGUUGAGGACACCUACUGGAACCUGUGCGGCAACCUGAGCACCAAGUGCCAGGCUUUCAUGAAGCGCAACGAGUGCUUCUACCGCUGCUCGCCGCACGCUGCCGACUGGAUGAACCCUGCCUACAAGAGUGGCCUGCUUCAUGUGCCCAUUUGCUCCAGCUACUGCAGUGACUGGUACGAAGCGUGUCGGAGCGACCUGACCUGCGCCCGUAACUGGAUGGAAAACUUCAGCUGGAAUGUGACCAACAGCUGCCGCAACAGCUGCAUUCCAUUCAGCGAGAUGUACUCCAACGGCACAGACCUUUGCGAGAACAUGUGGGGAGUCUCCUACCAAGUGGCACCCGAGGGCAAGCCUUGCCUCUACAUCGGAAAUGAGACGAGCCCAGACGUGGAGGGCGCCCUGGCUCAUGAGCAUAGUGGCGAGACCUCCUCGGCGGAAAAGACAGAGAGCUCCGAGGAGCACAAGCAGCUGGCGCGUGAGCCGAAGCAUAGGCACCCAAACCGGCGCCACUAUCCGAACUGCCGUAAGGCCAAGAGCAAGGAGAGCAAGGAGAGUGCCGAAGAGCAAAAGGAGCCGAAGCGGAGCAGGAGAUCUCUCCAGUCCACCUUGCAGUUCGUGGAGGAGCUGGAGGGCAGCAGCAGCGGCAUUCCAGACAGCCCCGUGGAGUAAUCGAGAGCAGAUCUCGUCAAUGCCGCACCUUUGGGUAGAGCUAGUUAUGGUGUUAUUGGGUACCCCAAUUCUUUGAGAUGUUGACACAAUGUUUAUGAACGAGGCCAAUUUAAAAGGGGGGAAGGAGGGAUACAAAGGAACCCCAAACUAUACUUGGUGUGAAGUUAAACCGACAUUGAAUAAAAACAUGAAGAGAUGCAUUGGUAGCGGUGCACAAGCACAAAUAAACAAAACUCAACAAGUUUGUCAUUAGCACUGCCUCUAACGGGAUGAUACAAAGUAGGUUGAUAUUUUGGGCAACGGUCCUUCUUCAGCAACGGUCCCACUCUGAAGAAGUACCAUUGCAGAGGCAGAUGGUCCUGAAAUAAAGCUUUUUAAAAAUAGGGCCCUUGCCAUUAAUUAAAGCAAUUACAUGUAAUUUCUCUGUUAAAUAUAUAUUUUUCCAAUUUCAGCUUCCCCCAUCCACUUUGAUCAGCUACUGGACCUUGGCACAAAACUUCACCCAAAUGGACAGUUCUCUGUUGUAAGGCAGACUUCGUGACAAAUGUGGAAAGGCUUUAAAAAAAUUACCCUGACAUUCCAAGGAGUUAAGAAUAGGGUUUUUCCUUUUCUGGCAACAAAACAGGUGUUAAGUUGUUAAAACACCAAACUGAAACCUUUUACAAGGAAUCAUGUCUGCAUUAACCACAAUACAUGUAGUCAAAAUGCAAACAAAAAAACACUGAUAAUAUAUGCAUUGUCUUUGAAACCGAUUGGUCCACACCAGAGACGGCUUUCUUUUGAGUCUCGUCUCAAACGGUGUUAGACCUAGAGGACGCUGUACACCUUUUGAGACUGAGGCUCAAAAGAAAGCCGUCUCUGGUGUGGACCAAUCAGUUUUAAAGACAAUGCAUAUAUUAUCCGAGUUUUUUUUGUUUGCAUUUUGACCACAAGUAUUGUGGUUAAUGCAGACAUGAUUCCUUGUAAAAUGUUUGUUUGGUGUUUUAAUAACUUAACACCUGUUUUGUUGCCAGAUAACAGGGGGAAAACCUAUUCUCAUGUUUUGGUACUGGCAAAGGAGGUCCAAUGAUUCCAAGGGUUGUCUAGCAACACUGGCCGACAUGUGUGAAUAUAAGAUAUGUUUCACUGCACUUAUAGAUGCACCAUGAUCAUUUCAGUGCAUGUCAGCUUACAAUAAAUUUAAGAUAUUUUUUUCAUAUGCUUUAAUAUGGAAUUACAUUCUUAACAGCAAUUAAUAGGUGUUUUUCCAUCUCAGUAGUCAUACAAAUGCGUUUGAAAAUGGCACAAUUAUGAAGAAGCGUUGAUUUCUCGAGCCAAUAUAAUUACAUUAAAAUCUCAAGUAUCGGACCAUGUUUGAAAUGGGGGAGGGGCGGUUUGACCAUGCUGGUAGGUGUGUUGACGAUUUGCUAAAUAUCCAUGAAAGAAUCAUUACAAUACAUGCUUCGAAUAAACAUACUAUCGUGAAAACGUUUAACUGUUGAUUUUUUUUAACAGUUCAAUGGUAUUGUUAUGAAAGAUCAUUUUUAUGCAAUUAUUUGCAGUGGGUGCCCUGGUUUAGUAUAAUUUAUAUUUCGGUGUAAUUUUAAAUCCUGUAAUGCACAUAUGCAAAGAUUAAACAUCGAAAAGAAUGCCAAGACCUCACAUG